AUGGCCCAAACCCCCCAACAACGCCGCGCAAACGAGCGCUUCGCAAAGAACGAAGCGGCCAAGCGUGGGAGAGGGUCAACCAUAAAGCCCAAGCAAGUGACAAAGUCUCCUGUCUCGGCCGGCUGGGUUGUUGUCCUCGCCUUUGUUGUCUGCGGCGGCCUUCUCCUGGAGCUCCUCAGAAUUGUUCCAGAGCUCUGGACCUCCAUCGCCGCCAUGCUCUCGCGCCUCACCGGAUAG